AUGAACAAAUUUCGUAAGGGAAGCGUCAUUUCGGUUUUCAAAGGAAUCAAAAGGCCGUCAACCCUAUUGGCACCAGUGUCUGAUUUUUUGUUUGGCAAGUCAAUUUCAACAAACGAUAAAAAGGAUAUUGAAAUUGCCCCUAAUAUGCACUUUUUUAAGCCGCUACCUGUUCGCCUUGAAUUCUCAACAUCCAAUCCACCGCUUAGCACAAAAACACUUGAAUCCAUUGAUGUUUCAAUUGGGUACCACCGUCAAGCCGGUAUUUUGGCAUUUUCUUCGAUAACUUUAGAUACUUUCUCCGACAAGAUUGCUUAUGGCCUGGUAAAAUUUUUGAGAGUAUUUGCAGAUCUUUUUUUCCAAAAAAGGUAUGUACAUCGUGCCAUUGUGCUUGAGACAGUUGCGGCAGUUCCUGGGAUGGUUGCAGCAAUGGUGAGGCAUAUGCGAUCCCUGCGACGAAUGCAACAUGAUGGCGGAUGGAUUCAUCAGCUUCUACUCGAGGCUGAAAAUGAGAGGAUGCAUUUGAUGACUUGGAUGAAAAUAACAAAACCAAAUUUGGCCGAAAGGAUCCUGGUUACUGCAGUGCAAGGAAUUUUUCUCAACUUUUUUGCCGUUUUUUAUUUGAUAACUCCAAAGACGGCCCACAGAAUGGUUGGAUACCUUGAAGAGGAAGCUGUAAUCUCAUAUACUGCGUUCCUCAAGGAAAUUGAUGAGGGAAGGAUUGAAAAUACACCCGCUCCCUCUAUUGCCAUUGAUUACUGGAACCUGCAAAGCGACGCAACUUUAAGAGACGUAGUUCUCGCUAUACGCGCAGAUGAAGCGAACCACCGCGAUGUAAAUCACCACUUUUCGACAAGAAUUGCGAAUAAGAACGAAAACCUGAGAGAAAACCAAUAUUAA